AUGAUUGGAUCACAAAUUCCUUCAUUAUUAUCAUUUCCAGUCACUUCAUCCACAGAUCGAUUUAACUUUCAUUCAAAACGCUUAUUCAUCGGUGAUCUUCCCAAGGAUUUAUCAGCCAUCGACGUUAAAGAAAAUCUUCAAAAAUACUUCAAAUCAGCAAAAGCAAUCGAAGUUUACAGCGAUUUAUGUCUGGAUUACCCAAACAAUCGAGGAUUCGCUUUUCUUUCAUAUGAUUCACAUGAGGAAGCUAAGGAAGUUCGUCAAAAACUUCGAUUAGAGAAGCCAAAGUUUCUUGGACAAAGUAUCACCUGCGAUUGGGCCCAAGAAGAGCAAUUCGUUCCGGACGAUGUUAUGAAAAAUGUUCGAGUACUGUUCGUUCGAAACGUCAAUAAAACUGUUUCUGAGGAUGAAUUGAAAGAACAUUUUGGAGGAUCGAAAAUGGGGGUAACCAAAGUGAAAAUUCAAAAGAACUUUGCGUUUGUUCAUUUUGAGACUCGCGAAAGUGCAGAAAGUUCUCUGAAGAGGUUAAACGGACAACUUUUGCAUGGUCAUGAGUUGGAAGUGCAAUGGUCAAAACCUCAACCAUCAAAGCCUAUAAGAUCAAGUCAUGGAAUCAAUUCAUUCCAUGGAACAGCCAAUGGUCCUUAUAACAUACCAAAUAGAGCUCUCGGACCAAUUGCAAACGCCCAAGGUGGACAUGUGACUCCAUUCAACGUUCUACCACAUAAUUUACAUAAUUUAACAAUUCCACAAACAUUACCAUUAAUGAAUUAUGCUUGUGUUCCUCCAGUUACAUUUCUUCCCAAUACUGCUGAUGUAACGGGAAACAUUCUGUGGCUGAUGCUAAAGAAAGCGUGUACAGAUGUGGGAUAUCAUAUUCCAAUGAUAUGUACUGUUGUUUUCAACUUCUAUCGUCCAUUAUUAGAGCAACAAUUCAAAUCUUCUCUUGUACUACCAACAGGAGAACAAUAUCAUUCUCAACUUCAUAAUUCUCAACUAGAAGCUGAAAAUGAGGUUAUUGUGGAAGCUUAUCGGGAAAUAUCGCGUGAUAUAACUCAUCACUUAUUUGGAGGAGUAUUACAAAUGAAAUAA